GGACGAUCUGCGGCUGCGCCCUAAAUAAUUCGACCCUCAAACCCGGAUGUAACCAACGCCUAACCUGUCCGAAGAAAAACGAUGCAGACUAUAAAAUGUGUGGUGGUCGGGGACGGUGCUGUAGGAAAGACCUGCUUACUGAUCUCAUACACAACCAACAAGUUCCCUUCAGAAUAUGUGCCGACGGUUUUUGACAAUUAUGCAGUGACGGUGAUGAUAGGGGGCGAGCCCUACACACUCGGCCUAUUUGACACAGCAGGUCAGGAGGAUUACGACAGGCUGCGUCCUCUCAGCUAUCCACAGACCGACGUGUUCCUUGUAUGUUUCUCCGUCGUCUCUCCGUCAUCAUAUGAAAAUGUCAAAGAGAAGUGGGUUCCUGAGAUUUCUCACCACUGCCCACGCACACCCUUCCUGUUAGUGGGAACACAGAUGGAUCUGCGGGAAGACAACAACACGAUCGAGAAGCUGGCGAAGAACAAACAGCGCCCCCUAUAUCCCGAGAACGGAGAGAAGCUUGCUCGUGAGCUCAAGGCUGUCAAAUACGUGGAGUGCUCUGCUCUCACACAGCGAGGACUUAAGAACGUGUUUGACGAGGCCAUCCUGGCCGCACUGGAGCCUCCUGAGACCAAAACCAAAAGAAAGUGUGUCCUGCUAUAGAUGGACAACGACGUAACGGUGUAAUAGGUGGGGUGAAUGAAAUCAUGAGACAGAUCAAUGGCCAUUAUGAAAAAAAGGACAAGCCAAAAGGGGGAAGGGAGGUGCAAUGCCAUUGAGACUUAUUCU